AUGGUGAGCCUGUCUCUUUCGAAUAAGAGAUACACUUACAUACGCGAAAGUGAAAGUGAGCCACCUGGAGGAGCCAUUGACGUUCACCAUGUGAUCAUCAAUGGAAGCAAAGCAACUGGUUUUGCCCGCCGUAGAGGGCUUGCUUUCUUCCUUGUGCUUUUGGCGAUUUCUAUCUACUUUUUUCUUGGAAAGGACAAUCCAGUUAGCAGUCUUUCUUGGAGCUGCCUUUUAAGUGGUUUCUUUGUUAUGAUACAAAGUCGGAAGUUUGUCAAGAAAGAAUCUGUUAUAAUCAUGCCAACCUUCGGGAUCCAACUUGAAACUCAAUAUUUAAGUGGAAAAACUGUCUCCAGGUUUAUCCCUAUUGGCAAGAUUUUGAAGCCUGUGCUUGUCGAAUGUGUCACCCCCGUUACAUGUUACUGGAGUCUUUCCUUAUUUCUGCGGGGCGAAGAACAGCUUACAUUGGUGUUUAAGGAGCUGCGUCCAUCAUUGAAGAUGCUGGUUCCCAUUUGGAAGGCAUUAUGUGCUGUUAUUGGAACAGAUCAAAGUGAAAUAAUAACUGAAGAAGAACAUGAUGUAUCUGGUCAAGCAUCUACGUGA